AUGUCGGAUGGACGUAAGUCUCACUACUGCUGGAUCAAGGAUAUGGGCCGGCUUCUGAAUGACCGGUAUUCCCACGGACAUAGAUAUUACCACUGCAUGUAUUGCCUGCAAGGGUUUACCAAGGAACGAAUUCUAAAUGACCAUAUCUCAUACUGUCGUGAGCACGGGACCAAGAAAGUGAAGCUACCUUCAGAAGAGGAUAAAUGGUUGUUCUACAAGGAUGUCAGAAAACAAUUAAAGGUGCCAUACAUCAUAUAUGCAGACUUCGAGUCAUUUCAAGUGCCUAUACAUGGAUGUGAGGUUGACCCGCAAAAAUCACAUACUGAGAAGACCACCCAACAUAUUCCUUCUAGUUUCGCUUACAAAGUUGUAGGUCUUACAAAAGAGACUUCCAACAAUCCAGUGAUUUAUAGAGGACCAGAUGUGGCGGAGAACUUUAUAGAAUGUAUGCUGAGAGAGCAGGAAGAAAUCGAACAGCGCUUCAAGCAUGUCGAGCCGAUGAUCAUGACAGGUUGUGAUUGGCAAUCAUUCAAAAGUGCAACUAUAUGUCACAUUUGUGGAAAAGGGAUGGGCGAUGAUAGAGUGCGGGAUCAUUGCCACGUGACGGGAGCAUUCAGAGGAGCAGCUCACAACGAAUGUAACACAAACUAUAAGUAUACAGGACGGAUUCCGGUCGUCUUCCACAAUCUGAGGGGUUACGAUUCCCAUCUUAUCAUGCAAGCAAUAGGAAAGGUGUCUGAUAAAGAAAUCAAAUGUAUUCCAAAUAACAUGGAGAAGUACAUAUCUUUCUCCAUGGGUUGUAUGGACUUUAUCGACAGUUUCCAGUUUAUGGGAACAUCAUUGGAGAAACUAAUCGGAAAUUUAUCUGCAGAGGGUAAGGACAAGUUCUCACACAUGACGCAACAUUUUGGUGACGAGAAAAUCGAACUCCUCCUUCAAAAGCAAGUAUACCCCUACGACUAUUUCGAUGGCCCCCACCGGUUUCGAGAGACCAGUCUCCCUACAAAGGAAGCGUUUCGCAACAGUCUGACGGGAGAGGAUGUAUCAGAAGAAAAGUACCACCACGCAUACAAAGUCUGGAAAGAAUUAGGUAUACAAAAUCUUGGUGAAUAUUCAGACAUAUACGUGUUGACAGAUGUUCUAGGUCUCGCCGAUGUAUUUGAAAACUUUCGAAAUUUAUGUCUGGAAUCCUAUGGCCUCGAUGCAGCUCAUUUUUACACUGCUCCCGGUCUGGCAUGGCAAGCAGCUCUAAAAAUGACAAAUGUCAGACUCGAACUGCUUACCGACAUCGACCAGCACUUGUUCAUUGAGGAAGGCUUGAGAGGAGGCAUAUCCAUGAUAAGUCACCGAUUUGCUGAGGCCAACAAUCCCUACGUCCCAGGAUAUAUCCCAAUGAAACCAACAGAAUACAUCACCUACUUGGAUGCAAACAAUUUGUAUGGCUGGGCCAUGUCUCAAUACCUGCCGACUCAUGAUUUCGUCUGGCUCACCGAUAGUGAAAAGGACAUGCUUGAUAUCACGAUAGUUACCGAUGAUGCGAACCGUGGAUAUAUACUGGAAGUAGACCUAGAGUAUCCUUCAGAACUCCACGACCUACACAACGAAUAUCCACUAGCCCCCGAACGAGUAACCGUUGAGAAAGACGAAUUUUCUGACUAUAGUAAGACAUUGUUUAGGGAACUGGCACAAUGUAGAAAUUCACAUGAUUGCUUGGACCAUUACAACUCAGCACAGAAACUCGUCCCAAACCUUAGAAACAAGGAAAAAUAUGUGGCGCCAUGGUUGAAGACUUAUAAAGAUUACAACAAGGAGAAAAGGAAACAAUCUCGAAACAAUUUCGAGAAAGAUUUCUAUAAGUUAAUGAACAACAGCGUAUUUGGCAAGACCAUGGAGAACUUAAGAAAGAGAAUGGACGUCAAGCUUGUAAACAGUAAGAAGAAGGCAAUGAAACUAACCUGCAAACCCAUAUUCCACGAGUUCAGAAUUUUCUCUGAAGAUUUAGUCGGUGUUCACAUGUUGAAACAGAAAUUGUAUCUGAAUCGACCAAUCUACGUCGGAUUCAGCAUCCUGGACAUCUCAAAAACCUUGAUGUAUGGUUUUCAUUACAAUUACAUCAAACGGAAAUUUGGAUCUAAUGCCCGCCUUCUCUUUACCGAUACCGACAGUCUAUCUUAUACUAUUCAGACAGAUGAUUUCUACCAACAUAUGUUAGAGGACAGUGAUUUAUUCGAUACAUCGGAGUUCAGGAAAGACAAUCCCCUCUACAGUACAAAAAAAUAA